AUGGAACAAGAAAUAUGGCUGCUCCAGAUCUGCGAGACGGAUGGAAUCGAAGAAUUGAGCGACGAGGAAUCACCGAGUGGGGGCCGCCGUCGGCUUGUUGUUGUAAAAACCCUAUGGCGCGGCUGCCAUAACGAUAUCAAAGCGGCGUUUGCCCGCGAGGCUACGUGGGGCGCCGGCCUGAAACACCCUCAACUAGCCAGAGUUCUCGGAUUAAGUCUGCUCGAACCCCCGUGCGCUGCUCUCGACCGAGGCGAGGCUGCGCCCCUGCCCAACGUGCUCAGGAUGGACAGGAAAUUGAGCUAUUCGAGUUUGAUACACAUAUGCUGUCAGAUAGCAGCAGGCAUGAAGUAUCUGGAGUCAUUCGAGUUAGUGCACCGCGAUCUCGCAGCUCGGAACGUAACAGUGAGUGAAGACCUGAACGUGAAAGUGUCAGACUACGCGAUGUUCUGCGAGGAGUUCAUCGGCGACUACCACGUGAUGCCGGACGGGUCACGGCUGCCCCUGCGCUGGAUGCCCUGGGAGUGCUUGCUCAUGGGCAUGUAUUCCCCAGCAAGUGACGUGUGGGGCUUCGGAGUGACCGUCUGGGAAGUCCUCACCUACUGCCUCGCGAAACCAUUCGAAGAAAUGACCGACGACCAGGUGGUAGCUAACGCGAGCGAGUGGCGCGCGGGCGGGCGAGGCGCGCGCGUGCCGGCCGCGCCGCCGCCGCGCUGCCGCCGCGAGCUCUACGACCUGAUGCACGAGUGCUGGCGCCGCGAGCCCAUGCAGCGACCCCGCUUCCACGACCUGCACCGCUUCCUGGAGCGGAUGACCCACGGCUACAAACCCCCAUCAAACCGCUAA